AGAAAUUAGAGUCUUGUUCUAUUUCUAUUUUCUAUUAUUCACACAAAAUCACAAUCACAAUCACAAAACCUUAUUCAAAGGGAUUUCCCCCAAAUCUUCCAUCGGAGAAUUUUAGGGUUUUCUAUUCUUCACCAGAUUUUCUCCAUUAUUCUUCGGGAUUUCCCUUACUUUAUUUCUCUUCUUCAACCUCAUUGCCGUUAUCUUCGCGCCACUCCAAACCCUUCAGAAGAUAAUUCUGGAGUGUGUUAGAAUUGAGAUAUGUAGAUGUGAUCUUGAGAUUUUUGAGUGAGGUUGAUUUUUGUGUGAAGCUAUUUUAUAAUUAUGAGGAAGAAAAGGAAAGGAAGUGAGACUGAUGCUGCAUCUACGAAUCUGGGGGUUGUUGUUUUGCCUUUGGAUCGUGGUUCUGGUUCGGUUGAGUCGUCGAAUUUGAAGUCUCAUUAUUCGUUGGAAGAUUGUUGUAGGUUGAAGAAAAGAUGUAAAGAAGAUGCUGCUACUGAGACUGCUGGUUCUUUUAAGAGUAGGCUUGCUGGCAUUGCGACUGCGCCGCCGUUUGGGACGUCGUCUUUGCUUACUCCCAGUAGAGGUUUGAAGAGGAAGAUAGGUUGUAUUGAUGUUGCUACUCAGAUGGGAAGGAAGAAGAAGAUUGAGGAUGAUUAUGUUAAUGGUGAAUCGAUCGGGCAAGGGAAGUUUGGAUCUGUUUAUUUGUGUUGGUCUAGGGCUAGUGGAGCGGAGUAUGCGUGUAAGACUUUGAGGAAGGGAGAGGAGACGGUUCAUCGGGAGGUUGAGAUAAUGCAGCACUUGUCUGGACAUUCUGGGGUUGUGACAUUGCAAGCAGUUUAUGAAGAAGAGGAAUCGUUUCAUCUUGUGAUGGAGUUGUGCUCUGGGGGACGGCUGAUUGAUCAAAUGGUUAAGGAUGGACCUUAUUCGGAACAGCGGGCAGCUAACAUACUCAAGGAAGUCAUGUUAGUCAUCAAGUAUUGUCAUGACAUGGGAGUUGUGCACAGAGAUAUCAAGCCUGAGAAUAUUCUGCUCACAAAAUCAGGAAAGUUGAAGCUUGCGGAUUUUGGACUCGCCAUGAGAAUUUCGGAAGGUCAAAACUUGACUGGAUUGGCUGGAAGCCCUGCAUAUGUUGCUCCCGAAGUAUUAUCGGGAAAAUACUCUGAGAAGGUUGAUAUAUGGAGUGCUGGAGUGCUCCUGCAUGCUCUGUUGAUUGGCUGCCUUCCAUUUCAGGGAGAUUCAUUGGAAGCUGUUUUUGAGGCUAUUAAGACUGUCAAAUUAGAUUUCCAAGCAGGGAUGUGGGAAUCAAUAUCUAAACCUGCACGAGAUCUUAUUGGGAGAAUGCUAUCAAGGGAUACCUCGGCCAGGAUAUCAGCUGAUGAAGUACUUAGGCAUCCAUGGAUUUUGUUCUACACUGCCCAAUCCUUGACGAUGCUGCCCAUCAAAGCAAAAUUGAAGAAUCAAACUGGCGGCGUAUGUAGACGGCUUAUCGCUGCACCAGAACCUAGGUUAGGAGGAAACAUGGCAGAUAAUGGCUCACUUAGCGAGCUUUUAACCUCUGAAAGUUGCAAUUCAGAAGAUCAGGAUGAAUGUGCGUUGAUUGAUGCACUUGCCACUGCAAUUUCCCAUGUGAGGAUAUCUGAACCAAAGAGGAGCAGGUUGUGUAGUCCCACCGGCCCCAUUGUUCAGCAAGGUUCAUCUAACAUGAAGGCUAACAACCUUUGUAAAGCAUUUUGACAUAACGACAGGCUGACACCACUUGACUGUUUUUACUAUUUUAGCUGUGGGAAAAAGUGGAUUUUACAUGCUGACAUCCCAUGUUAAGUUUGGCCUGGGUCUUCUCAAAGUUCCUUUUUAGUGUGAGAUAUAAUUGCAGUACGUUUUUUUAUCCCUUUGCUCGGUAACCUCAAUAAUAGUUGACUGACAACUGAAAUAAUUGUACAGCCUAUGUAAAUAGAGAAUUAAUCUAUUAUUUCCAUGUUCUUGCU